CUCAUUCCUUCCACACUUCUUGCUCGGUCUUCAUUUUUAUAGGAGCUCUAGAUCUCACACAAGCCAAGCAUUUUUCUACUUUCUCGGCAAUCUCCACUGGUCCAAGAUGGAAUAUUCUGAUGAUGAGUUUUACUACCAUGAAAACUUCACCUUCAACUUCAGCUACGACGACUACCCUGCUAUGUGCGAAAAAGCUGAUGUGCGCUCAUUCGCCGGGGUCUUCCUCCCUGUAGUCUAUUCCCUCUGUCUCAUCAUUGGUCUGGCUGGUAACGCCUUGGUGGUGGCCGUCUACGUUUACUACAAACGCCUGAAAACUAUGACCGAUGUCUUUUUGACCCAUUUAGCUGUUGCAGACUUGUUGCUUCUUUCCACUCUUCCUUUUUGGGCUUUCGAUGCAGCGCGAGGAUGGAUUCUAGGAAAAGAACUUUGCAAAAUCGUAUCCUCUUGCUACACAUUAAACUUUACUUGCUGCAUGCUACUGUUAGCUUGCAUUAGCAUCGACAGGUAUCUAGCUUUGACAAAGUUGCAAGGUAGCGACAACUCUGGAUGCCUUAGGAAUUUCAAUAGGAAAAACUGCUGUAAAGUUUGUAUUGUAGUCUGGGCAACCGCUUUUCUCCUUGGCCUUCCCGAUUUGAUGCUCUCUGAAGUGAGGCAUGUUGGAAAUCGAAGUUUUUGUAUCGCGGCAUUCUCAUCAAUGGGAAGAGCAGGUAAAACCGCUAUUGAGAUGGUUGAAGUUGUUCUGGGAUUUCUGAUACCGCUUUUAAUCAUGAUGGUUUGUUACUGCAAAGUGGGAUUUAUGCUCGGGAAACUUCCAAGUCAAAGUAAAAGCAAAAGGUGGAAGGCAGUUCGCGUUCUUUUGAUAAUAGUCGCGGUAUUUGUGAUAACCCAGCUGCCUUACAAUGUACUAAAAGUGUAUCGAACAAUGGACAAUAUUUACAACAUGGUGAUUCAUUGCGAGACCAGUAAAGUUUUGGACAGAGCAGGUCAAGUGACUGAAAGCCUGGCCCUCACUCACUGCUGCAUCAACCCGAUCCUCUACACGUUUGUGGGGUCCUCGUUCAGAAAGAAACUGAUGAAAGCGGCAAAACGGUUCGGAGAAAAAAGGAGCAGACGCCAGAGGACUGAAGAAGUGGAGAUGUCCUUCAACUCUCACAGUGAGUCACAACAAACGGAUUCCUUUUCAAUUUAAAGGUUAAAAAAAGUGU